UCAAACAGUUGUGGACAACAAUAUCAAAUGAGACACCGGCUUGGGUGCUCUAAAGAUUCCCUCUGAUUGUAUUGAAUCUGAUACGAUUGCAUUACUGAGAACAUUGGACAGAAGUCUUUCCGUUUAGUGUCGAAACUAUUGCUGGCGUUUAUUUUCACUUACUGUAUAUCGUGUGAAAAUAAUCUGUGGCUUAUUACUGAUAAUAUAAUUGUAUAAAUAUGGAUAACGAUAAAAAUACUAUGCUUGCUGUUUUGCAGCUUCUGAAAAAGUAUAAUUUAAAGAGUACUGAAGAAUUGUUUAGAAAAGAAGCCAAUCUUCAAGAUGUUUCAAUUGAAGAUUCUCAACAAACUGAUUCCGAGGUAACCAGCGUCCUUUCUGCUUACAAAAGCGAAGGAGACCCAGCAUUAUAUGAAAAAGCAUACAGUGAAUUGAAAAAGUUUGUAGAAGGAGCUCUGGACAUUUAUAAACAUGAAUUGGGUACCAUACUAUAUCCAGUUUUGGUACAUAUGUAUGUAGAAUUAGUCUACAAUAAUCAUCCUGAAGAAGCAAAACAACUCAUGGAGAAAUUUCGUGGAAGUUUGGAAGAAUAUUAUCAAGAUGAUUUGAAACGAUUAUCUAAUGUAACAAAACGUGAACAAAUGGCGGGUAAUGAAUUAACUGACACGUUUAAAUCUAAUCAGUUUAUAAUAAGAAUGUCAAGGGAUACCCUUUCUAUAUUAAAGCGACAUUUGCAAGAAAAGAAACACAGUGUUUUGUUAAAUAUCAUACAAGAACACCUUUAUUUUGAUAUGUAUGAAGGUGUUGCUCGUAAUAAACAACAGAUUGAUGCAACAUCUGGAGCUACAGUGGGAGAGGCUACUAGACAAGAUAAUAAAGCCAAGGUUUAUUAUGGACUUCUGAAGGAGCCAGAUAUUCAGUGCGUACCACCUGCCGAAGAAGAGGAAGAUGAUACAGGUGGUGGAGAUGGAGACAAACCAAAGAAAAAAAAAGCUAAGAAGGAUCCUUUAUUUUCAAAGAAGACUAAAUCAGAUCCAAACGCACCACCUGUGGGCAGAAUGCCAUUACCUAAUCUAAAAGAUGUGGAUAAACUGGAAAAAGUGAAGGCUUUAAGAGAAGCAUCAAAAAGAGUUAUCGUUGGACCCGAUACGCUACCAUCUAUAUGUUUCUAUACAUUGAUGAACGCAGUUCAUACUGUGACAUCAGCGGAAGUGUCAGAGGACUCAAGUUUAUUGGCUAUUGGAUUUCGUGAUUCUGGAAUAAAAGUAUGGAGUUUGAUCCCACAGAAGUUGAGACUAAUGAAAACAGGCGAAGAAUUGCAAGAUAUCGAUAGGGAGCGAGAUGAUGUAUUAGUUAGAAUGAUGGAUGAGCGCACCUCCGAGAGUGCUAGGAAUCUGUAUGGUCACAGUGGACCAGUCUAUAGUCUUUCAUUUAGUCCAGAUAGAAAUCUCUUACUCUCAUCAUCGGAGGAUGCUACAAUAAGAUUAUGGUCACUUCACACAUGGACAUGCGUCGUCUGCUACAAAGGCCACUUAUUUCCUGUGUGGUGCGUAAAAUUCUCACCACACGGCUAUUACUUCACUAGUGCUUCGUACGACAGAACCGCUAGACUGUGGGCAACUGAUUCGCAUCAACCAUUACGAAUAUUCGCCGGUCACUACUCGGACAUUAAUGUAGUCCAAUUUCAUCCCAAUUCAAAUUACGUUGCGACCGGUUCAAGCGACAACACUGUGAGAUUAUGGGACUGCGUAACCGGCAGUCAAGUCCGUCUGAUGACAGGACACAAAGGGCCCAUUUAUUCCCUAGCUUUCUCAACGGAAGGACGAUUCUUAGCCUCAGCUGGUACCGACAAUCGUGUAUUAGUAUGGGACUUGGCGCAUGGUCAUCUUGUCGCGGCAUUAUCGGGACAUACAGGCAAUAUCGAAUGUCUAUCUUUUAGUCGCGAUGGCAAUAUUCUAGUCUCGGGUUCUUUGGAUUAUACGGUAAGAUUAUGGGAUUUCACCAAAUUGGCGGAAGAAAUGAGCUUGGAAGACGUCAACGUAUCGCACAAUCCGGAUGUGAGAACCAACUCUGAAUCAUAUUUGCUGCGUACUUUCCCUACAAAAAAUACAUCUAUCCUGACGUUACAUUUUUCACGCAGAAAUUUACUGCUGGGUGUUGGCAUGUUCGAGUCAACGUAAUAUUUACCUUUUCAUAUAUAUGCAAAACUUUAAUAAUACUUGUUAUAUAUAUAUAUAUAUAUAUAUAUCAUUUCUUCACAUUUAUCAUUCAUAUGUUCUCUUACAGUCAUAAUAAAAUUUAUAUUUAAUUCCUCUAAACGUCAAUAUGUAACAGGAAGUUGAGCUU